AUGGGCUGCUAUUAUGCAUGCGCAGGGCAGUGCACAGAAGUGCUGAUGCAAGGCACCACCAGACUACCAGUCCAGACUCCAGCGCAGCGCCCACCUUACCUCCGGCGUUUGAGCGCCGUUGAUCGAUUGUUUGCUUUUCCUGAGGUGGGAGAGGAAAUUGUAACGCUAGAAGACCAACGCCCGACAGCGGUAGAGCAGAUAGAAAUACAGAAGAAAACCGUGGAGGAGGAGACCCCCUGCAAUUUGUCCACCUCGGUCCCUGAGAGACCCACCUUGCUCGCAAACGCUGCGCGGCCUCGCCCAAAGUUCUCACCGAGCGCACAGACUGACAACGUCCUCACCUGGGCUUCUCUCGGCCCCGCCACAUACGCAGGGCGACUAAACUCAGGAAAACGUCAACGCAACAGCCUUGUCCAGCCUCGCAGACGCCAGUACUCCUCCGCUCGAAGACUACGACGACGACCUAUACCCGAUUACCCGCACGAGACCGACACCAUGGGUGUCCAGAAGAAGACCAGAAAGUUUGGUGAAGUCAAGCGAGUUAUCGGCAAGAACGAUGCCCGGCGCAAGGAGAACCUGAAGAAGGCGGAAGAGGCUGAGCAGAAGGCGAAGCGUGAAAGAGGCGGUCCGGAUGGCGAGACAAUCGUCAGAGAGAUUCCCCAGGUCCCCUCCCAGAUGUUCUUUGAGAGCAACUCAAGUCUUGUGCCUCCCUAUGGCGUCCUCGUCGAUACCUCAUUCUUCUCCCGUACAGUUCAGAUGAAGUUGCCAGUGAUAGAAACCAUGAUGGACUGUCUCUACGCUACCUGCCACCCCAUCGUGACCGACUGUGUCAUGGCCGAGUUGGAAAAGCUUGGUCCCAAGUUCCGCCUUGCUCUCAGAGUAGCGCGCGACCCCCGUUUCGAACGACACAAGUGCACACACAAAGGAGUGUAUGCCGAUGACUGCCUCGUGUCCAAGGUAUCUAAAGACAGAGUGUACCUCGUCGCAACCAACGAUAAGGGUCUUGUGUCCAGGCUCCGUCGCAUACCCGGUGUUCCUAUCAUGAAGUGUGGACGCGGAAAGUACACCAUCGAGAGAUUGCCCGAUGCCCCGAUUUAA